GGAGGACAACCUCGGCCCAAGAGGAGACCUGAGGACUCCCCUGCGUCUCCCGACUACAGUCAGGAGACCGAAGUAGGAAAGACCCUGAUCACCAGGGUGCCCAGGGCUGCCUUCUUCAACCUGUCAGAGCUGCUCUUCUUGUGGAUUAUCUACAACUCCAUCACAACCAUACACCCUAGCAGCUUUCUUAACCUGAAAGCCCUGAGAGAGCUGCGUCUGGAUGGAAAUCACCUAACUGCCUUCCCAUGGGAGGGGCUUAGAGACAUGCCUCGCCUUCAGAUGCUUAGCUUUCACAACAACCGACUAUCCAGCGUUUCACCUCACGCAGCACUCUUUCUGGCAAACAUCACCUAUCUAGACCUGUCCAGUAACAGGUUGACUAUAUUAUCUGGCAAACUGCUGGACCUUUGGUUCCCUCUUUCUGGUCAACGGGAGAGAUCAGUAAAAAGAAGAAUUUUGGGUCUCCAUGACAACCCAUGGUUGUGUGACUGCCAGAUCUCAUUGGUGUUGUCACUAUCAAUGACCCUGGGGAGUCCCGUGGUUCUUAUGGACCCGCUGCUUACAUGCAGAAGGUCUCUCAAUCAGUCAGGGAUGGUGCUGACUGAAACAGAGCUGCUUCACUGUAUGAGACCAUCCAUCCAGCCUGUGGCCACCAGAGUCAUAUCCCUGCUGGGCAGUAGUGUAAUUCUCCGCUGUGAUGCCACUGGCUACCCAACGCCAUCUUUGACAUGGGUCAAAACUUCAAAUUAUGCAGACUGCUGUCGACAGGACAUCAUUGGUGACAAUGAUCAACUGCCCAGGAAUGUGGAAAGUUCCAUGCAGGGAUCUCCUAGGGUUGGUGUGCGCUGGUCAAUACUCAGCUUAGAUGACUUAACAUUCAAGGAUGCUGGUGAAUAUCGCUGCCAAGCUCGGAACAUGGCAGGAAUAUCUGAAGCUAAUGUUAAGCUAAAGGUGGUGGGAGUUACACGGCUCUCCCGACUCCCAAAGAUGUCCCAGAAGACUCCAUCAAAGUCAUCACCCAACAACAAAAAGCACACCCAGACUCAAAAUUAUUUCUCCCACGGCUUCAGUAAAGGAUAACCAGGCACCCCAAACCACUAUAACAAAGUAUUCCCCAUUUACUAACACAGCAAAUCACACUUAAAAGGUCUAAAGAAAAUUACCCCCGCCAAAAAACAAAACAAAAAAAAAUCUAGUCUUUACUAGAGGAAUCUAACAAUCAAACCAUUCCCAUUUCAGUCACUGUUGAUUAACAGCGGAAGGAUAUUUUCAGUAUAACUGUUGUGGUGUAUCCUGAACAAGUAGGGUGGGAAACCUCAGGUGGUAGCGUUGUCGAGGAUCGGACUGCAGGAAGGGGGAUUUGAUUGGAUUUAGUACAUGAUAUUUUACAUUUCCCGUCCUGUCAUAAAAAUGUAUGAAAUAAAACUUACUGACAGGUCUUUCAUGAUUUUGA